UGCGCGAGUGUGUCGAAGCUUGUAGCAUCGUUUACAUCCGCUUCGCCCAAAGCUACACCGACUGUCCCAGCCGACAUUGCGUACGAAUGUCUCAAUUCCAUCCCAUUCAAUCAGAGUGCUGCUUCUGAUCUACUGGAGUCGAUGAGGCCUUAUCUCAAUUGGCAAACUACUAUUGCCUAUCUCAAGGACCCUCCAAAAGACUAUGCAGACAAGAUCCAGCCGCCAUACGACUUCUGGGGCAUCUUUGACGCCAUAGAGGCUAACGUUGCCGCCGGAGCUUAUGCCAGUGAAUACGACUUUGGUUGGGAUGUCUACGAGUCUUUCCAACAAGCACAUGACGGUCAUUUCAACUUCGUACCAGACAGUGUUGGAAGUGUCUUUACUUUUGGACGAACUGUCCCACUUGCAUCCGUGUCCGAGGAUGGCAAGAGUCUUCCAGUCAUUUAUGCUUAUGCUGAUAUUCUUGCUGCGUCAUUUGGCAAUGCUUCAUUCACACCAUCCUCUAUUGUUGAGAUUGACGGACAGAAUGCUACUGACUUCCUGCUUGACUGGUCGCAGUAUGGCUCUCUCCAAGAUAGAGACGCCCUUUGGAACAAUCUUUUCUACAUUCCUGCACAGGUCUCUCUCGGCUCAUCUGGUACUGGUACUGGCACCUUCUCUGGAAGCGGCCGUGGUCGCUACGUAUACCCAGGAGCAGCAACCACAUUCACCUUUGCCAAUGGUUCUACUGUGACAAACCAGAAUUUCGCCAGGGUAUUGGCCAAUUUUGGCAACAUUACAUCGGGAGCCGAUAUCUACAAAGAGUACUUUGCGGUCCCGUCCGAUGCUUACGCCAAAGCCCUGAGUCUUGCUACAUCCACCACUAGCAGCGCAACUAGUUCCGCUACCAACGGCUCUUCUUCAAGCACCUCAUCCGCAGUCACAUCAUCGACGCCCGCACCUGGUUACCCUUCUCCAGUUGUGCGCCAGUCUAACAACCUCAAUUCAGGCUAUUUCCUGGAUCAGCCCGGCUUCGAAGACGUCGCAGUUUUGGCCGUCCCGUCAUUCGUUGGUAGCGGCGAUGUUGAGGUUGAAUUUCAGAAUGUGAAUAGCGAGUUGAUCGCUGCUGCUCUCGCGGCAAACAAGACGAAACUAAUCAUCGAUGUCUCCGCAAACGGCGGUGGUACCAUUUUGCAAGGUUAUGACCUCUUCAAACAGCUCUUCCCUUCCAUACUACCCUAUGGAGCCACUCGGUUCCGCGCACAUGAAGCUUUCGAUAUCUUGGGUCAAGAGUAUUCUGCUAUCGCUGCAAACUACACACGAAGCUUGAAUCAGAGCGAUGACAUCCUGGAUAUCGAGUCUUCAGCCUGGAACUACCGCACCGAUGCCGACAUCAAUUAUGAGCCUUUCACAAGUUGGCCCGAGAAAUACGGCCCUCACGAGUUUGGAAAUGACAAUUUCACCUCAAUCAUCCGUUGGAAUCUGUCUGACGUGCUCACCCCUCUUAACUCUGGUGGCAUCUACGUAUCUGGCUACCUCAACCGCUCAAACAUCACUGUACAGCCCUUUGCCGCCGAGAACAUUGUUGUGGUAUACGACGGUUACUGUGCAUCCACCUGCACAAUCUUCUCCGAGUUGAUGCGCCAACAAGCUGGCGUCAAAACGAUCGCUCUUGGUGGUCGCCCAAACUACGAUGGAAUCCAGGCAGUUGGUGGCGUCAAAGGCACAAACGAUUUUCCCUGGUCGUACAUCUUGAGCGCUGCCGAAGAAGCAUUCAUCUACGCCAACUCUACUCAUCAGGAGGAGCUAAACAACACCGCUCUGGGUGAUUACUCACAACUUCCGCUAUACCGUAGUUCUUCGGGCCCUGUCGUAAAUUCACGAGACGGUAUCCGUGAGGGCGACGAAACAGGAACGCCUCUGCAAUUCGUUUAUGAGCCAAGCGACUGUAGAAUCUUCUACACGCCUGCCAUGGUUGUAGACCAAAGUGUAGUUUGGCGCACUGUUGCCGACACCGUUUGGGGUCAGUCUGAUGCCUGUGUUGCGGGAAGCAAUGCCUUCUACGGUAACAAGACCAAGAGAGAUGCCAGCAUGACGAGAGUGCAUGGAGUGCGCAGAGAUAUCGAUAUUGAACAGGCUUACAAGGGACUUGAUGUGCACACAGAGGAAGGUAUCGUCCUUGGGGGCGACUCCAUCAUGCUUCCUUAG